AUGACCGUCGACACUGGCAGUGCCGACGCCUGGGUCCUCGGCUCCGAUUCGCAAUGUCUCCAACUCGCACCGAACGGCACGACCGUUCAAGCGAGCCGUGAUAGCUGUCCUAGCGGAUCAACAACCUUCAACUACCCGGGCAAAGCCACAGAUCACGGCUUCGAGGUCGAUGAUAGUGUAUGGUUCGGCCAGAGUCUAGGAGCCGGCGACACCAUCGGCACAUUCAGCUACGACACCAUGAGCUUUCCAGGCUGCGGCAGCCGCCGCGACAGUCUGAGCAUCCCACACCAAGAAUUCGCAGUAGCCAAUACCACCAUCGGAGCAGUCCUCGAUGGUUUCGCAGUCGGGAUCCUAGGUUUCGGCUACCCAUCCAUCACCUACCAGCACCCAAAUACCCUGAGUAUCGACGAGGUCCUAGCCGGGAACGCCAGUCUCUUCGACGAUAGAACAGCGUAUCCCACCGUCUUCGAGAGCCUGGUGGCAGAGGGAAUGGAGCCGUAUAUCAAUCUAGCACGAGAACGUACGCCCUUCGACCAAGCCCAAGGUUUCGAAUGGACCCUCCGCAUUCAAUCCCUCACCUACACAACUCCCUACGGCACAACAGUAACAAACACCACAAGUUUCCAAGCCGUAGUCGACAGCGGGCAGAACCUCAACCUCCUCCCCUUCGAAGCCGCGAGGGACAUAAACGCCGCUUUUGACCCCCCGGCGACUCUGGUCGAGACAACAGGCUUCUACACCGUACCCUGCAACGCCACUCCUCCAACCCUCGGAGUCACAAUAGCAAAUCAUACCUUCGCCAUCCACGCCCUGGACAUGAUCUGGUGCGACGAAGCCGGAACAUGUUAUUCGAGUGUCGUGCCCGCGACGAAUGACGCACAGCAGGGGAUCUCGCUGGAACUUCCUCGGUGA